CGGUGGGAGGGUCUCCAUUGAAAUAAACAAGCAGGCAGUUAUUAAAAAGGAACAUGGCGGCCGCAGCCCCAGCUUCAGCUUCAUCUUACAAAGCGAAGGUCAGCGCCGGCGGCAGCGGCGGGAGACGGCACUGACCCCGCAUGCUUGAGAUGUAUCUGAGUAGUGAGGCCCCCUGCAUUCACAGCCCCUAGAAAUCAUUGUCUGCAUCGCUGAGUCUUGAUUCCAAGUAUCAGACCUGAAUAAGGCAGAGCUCACUUCUGUCAGCUUGCAAAGCAGGGUUGGAAUGGUGAAUACCUAGAAUUCUGGAGUCAGUUCAGAGCACCCUAAAUCCCACAGAAGCUGUGUUUCUGAGAUUGAUGAAGUAAAAUACAGGACCCCUACUCCGUUCUGCACGCAGGAUGGGCUUGCUCUUGGAAUGAAUCUGGUUGAUGCAUUGGAGAAAGCUGUUCUCUGGAGUACCCCUGCCUCACUUCCAGCAGAAGUCGGGACGUGCGUGGUGGACGAGGCAGGGGAUUGCAGAAGGCAGGAGCCAUUCUAGGGCUCUGUGCAGCUGCAUGCUGCCCUGGAGAGCGGGACUCCCUUCCUGGCUGUGCUGCAGACUUCCUAGGUGAUGCUAGUUGCUGAUAUGUGUUCAAGAUGAGUGGGAUGGGAGAAAAUACCUCUGACCCAUCCAGAGCAGAGUCAAGAAAGCGCAAGGAUCCCGACCAGGUUGGACCCAGCCCUAAAAGAAGCACUGAGAAACGCAAUCGUGAGCAAGAGAAUAAAUACAUUGAAGAACUUGCAGAGCUGAUUUUUGCAAAUUUUAAUGAUAUUGACAACUUUAACUUUAAACCUGACAAAUGUGCAAUCUUGAAAGAAACUGUGAAGCAAAUUCGUCAGAUAAAAGAACAAGAAAAAGCAGCAGCAGCUAAUGAAGAUGAAGUGCAAAAAGCAGAUGUAUCGUCUACAGGUCAGAGUGUCAUCGACAAGGAUGCACUUGGACCAAUGAUGCUUGAGGCCCUGGAUGGGUUCUUCUUUGUAGUGAACCCAGAAGGUAAUGUUGUGUUUGUUUCUGAGAAUGUGACACAGUACCUGAGGUACAACCAAGAAGAGCUGAUGAACACAAGCAUAUACAGCAUCCUGCAUGUAGGGGACCACAAUGAAUUUGUCAAAAUCCUGCUGCCAAAAUCUUUAGUGAAUGGGGGAUCUUGGUCUGGUGACACUCCUAGGCGUAAUAGCCAUACCUUUAAUUGUCGGAUGCUGGUGAAACCUCUUGCUGAUUCUGAAGAAGGCCAUGAUAACCAGGAAGCACAUCAGAAAUACGAAACUAUGCAGUGCUUUGCUGUUUCUCAACCAAAUUCUUUCAAGGAGGAUGGUGAAGAUUUGCAGUCUUGCUUGAUUUGUGUUGCAAGAAGAGCUCCAGUGAAGGAAAGACCACUUCUUCCUUCGUCAGAGAGCUUUACUACACGCCAGGAUCUUCAAGGCAAAAUAACUUCACUGGACACAAGUACCAUGCGAGCAGCUAUGAAACCUGGCUGGGAGGAUUUGGUGAGAAGAUGCAUUCAGAGGUUCCAUUCGCAGCAUGAGGGAGAAAUAUCUUUUGCCAAGAGGCAUCACCAGGAAGUGCUGAGGCAGGGACUGGCCUUCAGUCCCGUUUAUCGCUUUUCACUGUCGGACGGCACCAUCGUUUCUGCCCAAACAAAGAGCAAGCUCAUCCGUUCUCAGACGACCAGUGAACCUCAGCUUGUAAUCUCCUUGCAUAUGCUUCACAGAGAGCAGAAUGUCUGUGGAAUGAAUCAGGAUUUGACUGGACAAGGAAUGGGGAAGAUAUUGAACCCAAUUAGUUCCAGCAGCCCUGCCCAUCAGGCCAUGUGCAGUGGGAACCCAGGUCAGGAUAUGACCAUCAGUAGCAAUAUAAAUUUUGCCAUAAAUGGCCCAAAGGAGCAAGUGGGCAUGCCAGCAGGCAGGUUUGGUGGUUCAGGGGGAAUGAACCAUGUGUCAAGCAUACAAGCAUCCACUCCUCAGGGUAGUAACUAUGCACUAAAAAUGAAUAGCCCCUCACAAAGCAGCCCCGGCAUGAACCCAGGGCAGCCAAACUCUAUGCUUUCCCCAAGGCAUCGUGUGAGCCCUGGAGUGGCAGGAAGUCCUCGCAUCCCACCCAGUCAGUUCUCCCCUGCAGGAAGCUUACAUUCACCUGUGGGAGUCUGCAGCAGCACAGGAAAUAGCCAUAACUACACCAACAGUUCCCUGAACGCACUUCAGGCCCUCAGCGAGGGCCACGGCGUUUCUCUAGGAUCGUCGUUGGCUUCACCUGACCUAAAAAUGGGAAAUUUACAAAAUUCCCCUGUGAAUAUGAAUCCUCCCCAGCUAAGCAAGAUGGGAAGCCUGGACUCUAAAGACUGCUUUGGAAUAUAUGGGGAGCAAUCAGAAGGUACAACUGGACAAGCAGAGAGCAGCUGCCAUUCAGGAGAGCAGAAAGACAACAGCGACAGCAACAUGCCACCGGUUGUCAGUGGUGAGAGACCUGAUGGACAGAGUAAACUGCACGAUGGAAAAAGCCAGACAAAGCUCUUACAAUUGCUGACCACCAAAUCAGAUCAGAUGGAGCCUUCACCUUUGUCCAGUACCAUGGGAGACAUCAGCAAGGACUCCGCGGGAGGGUUGCCUGGGUCUGGUUCAGCACACGGAACCUCACUCAAGGAGAAGCAUAAAAUUUUGCACAGACUAUUGCAGGACAGUAGUUCUCCUGUCGAUUUGGCCAAGCUCACAGCAGAGGCCACAGGCAAAGAACUGAACCAGGAGUCCAGUAGCACAGCUCCUGGUUCAGAGGUGACUGUUAAACAGGAGCCAGCGAGUCCUAAGAAGAAUAAUAAUGCACUACUUCGCUACUUGCUAGAUAAAGAUGAUACUAAAGAUAUUGGUUUACCAGACAUACCCCCAAAACUGGAGCGGUUGGACAGUAAGACAGACCCUUCCGGUAGCACAAAGUUAAUAGCUAUGAGGACGGAAAAAGAAGAGAUAAGCUUUGAGCCCAAUGAACAGCCAGGCAGUGAGUUGGAUAACUUGGAAGAGAUUCUGGAUGACCUGCAGAACAGCCAGUUACCACAGCUUUUCCCAGAUAGCCGCCCAGGCGUGCCAGCGGGCUCGGUCGACAAGCAAGCCAUCAUCAAUGACCUCAUGCAGCUCACCAGUGACAGCAGCCCCGGUGCGGCAGUGGCCACCCAGAAACCAGCAAUGAGGAUUUCACAGAGCACUUUUAAUAACCCACGAGCAGGGCAACUGGGCAGGUUAUUACCAAACCAGAAUUUACCACUCGACAUAACACUGCAGAACCCAACAGGUGCAGGAACUUUCCCACCCAUAAGAACGAGUAGCCCCUACUCAGUGAUACCUCAGCCGGGACUGAUGGGCAGGAAUGAAGGGAUGAUAGGAAGUCAAGGAACUUUGGGCAACAGUAGCACAGGAAUGAUUGGUGGCAAUGCCCCUCGGCCUGCCAUGCCAUCUGGAGACUGGGGCAGCCAGGCUCCCGCGGUGAGGGUGACCUGUGCACCCACGGCUGGUGCCAUGAACCGGCCGGUGCAAGCUGGCAUGAUCCGCAACCCCACGGCCAGCAUCCCCUUGAGACCCAGCAGCCAGCCUGGCCCAAGGCAGAUGCUUCCAUCUCAGGUCAUGAAUAUGGGGCCAUCUGAAUUGGAAAUGAACAUAGGAGGACCUCAGUAUAGCCAACAGCAGGCACCUCCAAAUCAGACUGCACCAUGGCCAGACAGCAUCUUGCCUAUAGAACAGGCAACUUUUGGUAAUCAGAACAGGCAACCGUUUGGCAGCUCACCAGAUGAUCUCUUGUGUAAUCAUCCUUCGUCAGAGUCACCAAGUGAUGAGGGUGCUCUCCUUGAUCAGCUUUACAUGGCAUUAAGGAAUUUUGAUGGUUUAGAAGAAAUCGACAGGGCUCUAGGAAUACCAGAACUAGUGAGCCAGAGCCAAGCUGUCGACCCCGAGACCUUCCCGAGCCAGGAGUCCAGCAUGCUGAUGGAGCAGAAGGCUCCGGUGUUCUCGCAGCAGUACGCGGCACAGGCGCAGAUGGCGCAGGGCAGCUACGCGCCCAUGCAGGACCCCAGCUUCCACGCCAUGGGGCAGCGCCCGGGAUACACCGCCCUGCGCAUGCAGCCCCGGCCCGGCCUGCGGCCCGCCGGCAUCGUGCAGAACCAGCCCAACCAGCUGCGGCUCCAGCUGCAGCACCGGCUCCAGGCGCAGCAGAAUCGGCAGCCACUGAUAAAUCAGAUCAGCAGUGUCUCCAAUAUGAAUCUGUCUUUGAGAACUGGAGUGCCAACACAGGGCCCCAUCAACGCGCAGAUGCUGGCGCAGAGGCAGCGGGAGAUCCUGAGCCAGCACCUGCGGCAGCGGCAGAUGCAGCAGCAGCAGCAGCAGGUGCAGCAGCGGACGCUGAUGAUGCGAGGGCAAGGCUUGAGCAUGACCCCCAGCAUGGUGGCCACCGGUGGCAUCCCAGCAACCAUGAACAACCCACGCAUCCCGCAGGCAAAUGCACAGCAGUUUCCAUUUCCUCCAAACUACGGUAUUAGUCAGCAACCCGAUCCAGGCUUCACAGGGGCCACCACUCCUCAGAGUCCACUGAUGUCACCAAGGCUGGCUCACACUCAAAGCCCCAUGAUUCAGCAGUCUCAAGCUAAUCCUGCCUAUCAGUCCUCUACGGAGAUGAAUGGGUGGGCACAAGGGAAUAUGGGUGGUAACAGCAUGUUUUCACAACAGUCCCCACCACAUUUUGGGCAGCAAGCAAGCACCAGCAUGUACAACAAUAACAUGAACAUCAGUGUAUCCAUGGCAACCAACACAAGUGGUAUGAACAACAUGAACCAGAUGACAGGGCAGAUCAGCAUGACCUCAGCGACCUCUGUGCCUACAUCAGGGUUGUCCUCCAUGGGUCCUGAGCAGGUUAAUGAUCCUGCUAUGAGGGGAGGCAAUCUCUUUCCAAACCAGCUGCCUGGAAUGGAUAUGAUAAAGCAGGAUGGAGAUGCAGCACGGAAAUAUUGCUGACCCUGAGGGUGGUUUGGUUGCUCCUUUCUUCAGCUGACUGGGCUUACAGCCCCAAACCCUUACCAGUUUGAAGAGCUGCGUCUGUUUGUCUGUCCCGGCGGAGCUGCCAGCCGCAGCGGCUGCCUGCUGCCGACAGGACUCAGCCCUGCCUUCCCGAGGGGAGCCAGGGGGUUGUUGCCGAAGAGCAGCCUCUUCUUUGACAGUCUGAAGCUAGCGUACAGACAUUGCUCAGUCUGUUCACUGCAUUCACCUUAGUGCAACUUAGAUCUCUCCUGCAAAGUAAAUGUUGACAGGCAAUUUUCAUAAACCAUGUCAGAUUGAAUGUAUUUAAAUGUAUGUAUUUAAGGAAAAA